AUGUCACACCAUAGAGAAGAAGACCUUAUCGGCAUCCCCUUCCCUAAUCACAGCAGCGAUGUCCUCUGCAGCCUCAACGAGCAGCGCCGGGACGGGUUACUCUGUGAUGUGGUGCUUAUCGUCCGCGACCAGGAGUACCGGACACACCGCUCUGUCCUGGCUGCCUGCAGCCAGUACUUCAAGAAGCUGUUCACGGUGGCCACCGAUGAUGGACGAGAUCAUCACCAUCAAACGGCAGCGGUUUAUGAAAUCGACUUUGUUGCUCCAGAGUCUCUGACGGCCAUACUGGAGUUUGCUUACACCUCUACUCUCACGGUGACGGCCUCCAACGUCAAAGAGAUACUCACCGCGGCGCAGAUGCUGGAAAUUCCCUGCAUUAUCAAUGUUUGUCUAGAGAUCAUGGACACCGGGGGCGGAGGCGGAGGAGGAAGAGAGGAGGAAGGAGAAGAGGAGGAGGAAGAUGGAGAGGAGGAGGAAGAGGAGGAGGAGGAAGAGGAAUAUUUGGGGUCAAGGAAGGACGAGCAGGAGGAGGAGGAGGACAAUGUUAGUGAGAGACUUUCGACACGGUCAUCUGAGAGCAGGGAACACACACCACCGGAAAGAGACGACCCCACGCCUCCCAGUACCUCCCAGUACCACCGCCAGUAUGACGUCCAUAGGGAGUCCUCCAAUUCCCAGUCCCAGUCUCCAGACACCUUGAGUGGAAAACAGGACAGUGUAGAGAGUCGGGCACUGAAGGACUUCUCUAUUGAGUCUCUCCUCCAGGAGGGGCUGUACCCCCGCAUGUCAGCUCUGGAUAGGAGAGCCAACCUCUCCCACCUCCUUCCUAGUUUUUACCCCCCUAUGUGGGCUGCAGAGUUUCCCAGCUUCCCCCAGCAGCUUCUGGAAACACCAAACAACCACCAGCAUCCACACACUAGGGGCUCUAAUCAAAGCAGACCUCCACACUCCUUCCCCACUCCUGCACACCUACAGCUGGAGAUGUCCAGGCCCCUUGAUCUGGCUGUGAAGAAAGAGGUCAUUAAGGAGGAGAUGAAAGAGGAGGUCCCACCCAGUCUUCUUCACGGUGACCUCCUAAAGGAGUUUGUCAGCUCCAGUCUGGGCAAUGCAAUGAACCCAGGGUCAGUGUCAUCAGAUAGUCACCCUCUGGGUCAGAUCAAGGAUGAAGUUGAUUUUCAGUCAUACCUGAGCUUUCUUAGCUCGGCAUCCCAUCUGGGGACCUUGUUCCCUCCCUGGCAGCUGGAGGAGGAAAGGAAGAUGAAGCCAAAGGCGUCCCAGCAGUGCCCCAUCUGCAACAAGAUUAUACAGGGGGCUGGAAAGCUGCCCCGCCACAUGAGGACACAUACAGGAGAGAAACCAUACAUGUGCUCCAUCUGUGAAGUGCGAUUCACCAGACAAGACAAACUGAAGAUCCACAUGAGAAAGCACACGGGGGAGCGCCCCUACAUCUGCCUCCACUGCAACUCCAAGUUUGUGCACAACUAUGACCUGAAGAACCACCUGCGCAUCCACACCGGUGUGCGGCCUUACCAAUGUGAGCACUGCUACAAGAGUUUCACACGCUCUGACCAUCUGCACAGGCACAUUAAAAGGCAGAGCUGCCGCAUUUCCCGUCCCCGGCGUGGACGCAAACCGGCCUCUUGGCGAGCCGCCCCAGCCAGCAACUUCUUAUGCACCCCCACAGCCACCGCCAGCCAGUUUGAAGAGAACGGGUUGACCUCCGCCUACCAGGGCAUCAGGGCUCACGGACUGGGGGAGAUGCUCAGCCUUGGCAGCAGGAGCCUGGGACGUAAGGUCUUUGGCGGUGCCGCCAGAGAGAGCAGGGAGGAGCGACGCACAGAGGAAAAACACAUAGUGGGGGAGGAGAGAGCAGGGAUGGGGAGGCAGAGGAGUGUGUUUGCCUUUAGCCUGGCUGGGGAAGAAGUGCUUACCCAUGCUCCAUUUUAUGCAGCAACCCCUGACCCAUGGACCAUGAGACUGGAGCACCCUCCACCCAUCUCUGAGCCAGCAAACUAA